AAACCCCCAAACUUCCAAAAUCGCUCUCUAAUCCAGUCGUCUGCAAACCUCUGCAAGUAAGAGCAGUGUGUUAGAGAGAGAAAGAGUAGAGAGGAGCAGCAAUGGAGUUUGUCAGCCCAGAAGGCCUCCGCCUAGACGGUCGUCGUCCCUUGGAGAUGAGACAGCUUCGCGCUGAAAUUGGCGCCGUCUCUAAAGCUGACGGUUCAGCUGUUUUCGAGAUGGGUAACACCAAAGUCAUUGCCGCCGUUUAUGGUCCUAGAGAGGUUGAAAAUAGAGCACAACAGAUGAAUGACCAGGCAUUGGUGCGAUGUGAGUACACCAUGGCUAAUUUUAGUACCGGGGAUCGUGUGAGGAAACCAAAGGGAGACAGGCGGUCCACAGAAAUAUCAAUGGUUAUUCGGCAAACUAUGGAGGCCUGCAUAAUGACACACCUAAUGCCUCGGUCACAGAUUGAUAUUUUUGUCCAAGUUCUCCAAGCUGAUGGAGGAACUAGAUCUGCAUGCAUAAAUGCAGCUACUUUGGCUCUAGCAGAUGCUGGCAUUCCAAUGCGUGAUUUAGUUACAUCAUGCAGUGCUGGAUAUCUUAAUACCACACCACUCCUUGAUCUUAACUAUGUAGAAGAUAGUGCUGGAGGUCCAGAUGUUACCGUAGGGUAUCUUCCUAAAUUGGACAAAGUUACUCUUCUUCAGAUGGACUCAAAGUUGCCAUUGGAUACAUUUGAAAGUGUAAUGCAGCUUGCGAUAGAAGGUUGCAAGGCAGUUGCCAACUACCUCCGAGAAGUAUUGCUUGAGAACACUAAGCAACUGGAGUAUCGAAGGGGUUCAUAGCCGCUGGAGGUAGUUGGGGCUUCAAGAUUUGGUCUGGGCUGUUAGUGUAGUUCAUAGGCAAUUAGAGUGAUGUGAAUUCAAAGCACAAUAUUGAUUCACGAGCGUGAUUCAUAGGCACAGCACAAUAUUGUUUCAAUGGUUUUAGUGAUUCACGAGCGUGUUUAGUUGUCUACUAGCUCUGAGAUUGUUCAUGAUAUUUUGUUCAAGAAGCUCUUAUUGUUCCAAAAUGUUGGUAGAAAAAAUAUACUUAUAAUCUCUAUCUUAAAA